AAUGGUGUUGGAUAGUGAAGCUGCUGAUCUUAUACCAACUGUAAAAGUGUAUAAAAGAAGGUGGUAUAUUCUGGCUUUGUUUUCCUUAGCUACUGCCACUCAGGGAGGUAUUUGGAGUACAUGGGGACCAAUAUCGAAGUCUGCAGAAGUUGCUUUCAAUUGGACUCAAUCUGACAUUGCAUUGCUGACGAGCUGGGGACCUAUAGCCUAUUUAAUAUCUGCCCCCUUUCUGGUAUGGUUUAUGCAAUUUGGUUUAAGGUAUAGCCAGUUGGCUCUUACGGGUGUUAUGACAUUAGGAACAAUGUUGAGAUGUAUAAAUUCCAAUCCCCCAACUUUUACGUAUCUAGCAUAUUCGGGUCAAAUUAUUAAUGGAUUAGUAGGACCGAUUGCUAUGUCUUUGUCUCCUUUACUGUCUGUCAUUUGGUUCCCACUUGAAGAGAGGACUUUAGCAACUGCAAUAAGUGCUGUUUUAAAUUCUGCUGGCACAGCUGCUUCAUUUCUGACUGGUCCACUAAGUAUUGCCGAUCCUUCCAAGUCAAAUUCUACCUCACCUUUGGAAAUACGAAAAGAGAUUAUGUACAAUAUGUACGCUGCUUGUGGUUGGACAGCUUUGUUAUUUUUGUUAAGUAUUUGCUACUUUCCGUCUAAACCAAUGAUUCCUCCGACGGCAAGUGCAAGCUCAGGCAUUAGGAGAUCCUUUCUAAAAGGACUAAUAAUGCUAAUAAAGAAAGAUUCCCUAAGAUUUUGGUUAUUGGCAUUUCCUUAUGGACUUUCAAUAGGAUUUUUCGCUGCAUGGACUAGCGUUCUAGACGAUAUCAUUCCAAAACAUCACUUGAGUGAAGAUGCAGCUGGAUGGCUUGCAUUUAUUGGAACAAUAAGUGGUCAGGUAGCUGGUUUAUUGAUGGCGAAAUUAGCUGAUCGUUUUCCGAAUAGAAUGAAGGAGUUUCUGCUAUCGUCGUAUGUGAUAGCAAGUGUUUGCUGUCUACUAUUUUGUUUCAAUCUAGUGCUUUGGAAAUUCAACGUUAUAGUCUUGUACAGUUCAUUUAUUCUUGCUGCUAUAUGCAUAAGUUCAACUGUGCCUUUGUGGAUAGAAAUGAUGAGCGAAACUGCCUUUCCAGUUGAUGAAAGUUCAGCUACUGGUGUUGCAACCACCAUUAAUAAUGCUACAGCAGCUAUACUUUUGGGCAUCCUAUCAAAGCAAAGUUUAGGUGUUAAUUGGACAUCGUGGGCUGUUUUGUCUUCAGCUGUAAUAUCUAUACCGUUUAUUAUUGUAUUCAAACCUAAGGACUCCAGGAGAUUCUUAGAUACUGCAUAG